AUUACGCACCCAACAACAUCUUCCAUUCAAUAGGGCGUGUUUACCGCGUUCUAUAGUGUAGUCAAGGGAACAGUUGAAACGAGUGUCAAAGGAUAAGAAAAGGGUGUUAUCUAUUGUCUUUGAGGCAGAGGGAAAGUAAUAAUAUGGUGGUUUGGUUUACGCGAUCCUGAGGAGUUGAAGAAACAACGCAUUAUAGCAGCGAGAAUGGUGUUUUUUGGGCGCUGGAUAGCGCCGAUUGUUGCUUGUUUGUGUCUGGGCGUUGUUGGUCAAUAUGAGUGGCAAACUAGUGAUGCAUUUGACGAAAUUCGUAAUCGAUUAGAUAAAGUCACCUCGGAUAAUUGUGUUAUUCAGCGUGUUGGGGAUCUUUACCUUCCCGAGGAUACAGUCUCUCAUUUGCCAGACAUCAAAGAUGUCCACAUCAAUCCAGUCUUUCCAAAUAGAACUGCUCUUCUACAUUUGCAUAAUAUGGCACUGAGCCGGUCCUUUUUCUGGAGUUAUAUUCUUCAGUCACGUUUCAUCAGACCUGCUAUCAAUGAUACUUAUGAUCCUGGCAUGAUGUAUUAUUUCUUAUCUACGGUCGCUGAUGUCUCUGCUAAUCCAUACAUUAAUGCUUCGGCUAUCUACUUCUCACCAAACAUGUCUUACUCACCGUCCUACAGAGGAUUCUUCAAUAAGACUAUGCCUAGAUUCGCACCUAGGACAUUCAGAGCCGAUGACUUUAAUGAUCCUAUACACUUGGAAAGGAUAUCUACCAUGAAUACAUUCACUGUUAAAGAUCUUGGAGCUUUUCCUUUAGACAGUCUGAGUAGUGACUAUACUCAGGAUUACUAUAGGAUAAACGAGUGGUAUAAAAAGUGGUUGCCUGAUAAUGUUGGUAAAAGACAUGACACAAAAAGAACAUAUCAAGUUGAAAUUAGAUAUGCUAAUAACACCAAUGAAACAUUUUCAUUCCAUGGUCCCCGAGAUGCCGAUGAGAAUCCUGGUCCAGUGCAAUGGACGAGACCAUACUUUGAUUGUGGACAAUCAAAUCGAUGGCUCGUGGCUGCAGUUGUUCCCAUCGCUGACAUUUAUCCACGUCACACAGGUUUCAGACACAUAGAAUAUCCAACGUACACUGCUGUUACUGUCAUAGAAAUGGACUUUGAAAGAAUAGACAUAAAUCAAUGUCCAAAAGGUAAUGGAAACAUUGGUCCAAAUCGGUUUGCCGGUACAGCACGAUGUAAGACAGAUACAACAGAGUGUGAACCAUUACAUGGUUGGGGUUUUCGGAGAGGUGCUUAUCAGUGUAGGUGUAAACCAGGAUACAGAUUACCAACGGUAGUCAGACGUCCUUAUCUUGGAGAGAUUAUUGAAAGAGCUACGCAGGAGCAGUACUACAAUGGAUUCGAUUGUUCCAAAAUCGGAUGGAUACACAAGGUCCCAACAAAAUGGGAAAAGAUGAGUCCAUUCCUACGUGAAAAGUAUCUAGAGCAGUUUUAUGAGUAUAAAAAUUCUACCGUGGGUCCACAUGCACUUCACGAGGAGAAAAUUAAUUCUUAUAAUGUUAUCAAUUUUAUACGUGGUGUUAAUGCAAAAACUUGCUCCUUGUACACACCAGAUGAGUUGUCUCUACAUGGUGAUAUAAGUUUUGGUGCUCGAGAAUUUUAUGAGAACGAAGCAAAAAUGGCAUCCAGACUGGCAAACUUUAUUAGCGCGUUUUUGCAAAUAACGGAUCCGACUGAAGUUUACACUGGGAAAAGGGUUGCAGACAAACCCCUUACUGAAGAUCAAAUGAUUGGCGAGACCCUCGCCUUGGUUAUGGGAGAUACGCGAAUCUGGUCUGCGGGGACGUACUGGGACAGGAACAAGUUUACAAAUCGAACCUUCUUUGCUCCAUUCGCAUAUAAGAAAGAUUGGACCUCGCGAAAGUUCAAAGUUGAGGAUUUGGCAAGACUCAAUGAUACAGAUGAGGUGUAUACAAAGAAGGAUUUCUUCCAAGGAUUAAAGCAAAGAUGGGCAACGAAUUUUGACGAUUUGGAAAAGUAUUAUAUGAAAAUAAGAAUUCGCUUAAACGAGACUGGUGAAACCUUAAAGAAGUAUGACCGCUAUCCCAAUUAUUACAGGGCAGCAAACCUGAAGCACGGCCACUGGACCGCUCCUUACUUCGAUUGUAACGGUAAAGUGAAGAAAUGGGUAAUUACCUAUGCAUCCCCAUUUUUCGGCUGGGACAGCCUGAAAGAGAAACUGGAAUUCAAGGGUGUCGUGGCUGUUACCAUGGACUUGCUUCAGCUGGACAUUAACCAGUGCGACGAUGCGUAUUAUGUUCCAAAUGCUUUCAAAGGUACCCAUAAGUGCGACAAGAAAACCUCAUACUGCGUUCCAAUCUUGGGUAGAGGUUUUGAGUCUGGGGGUUACAAGUGUGAAUGUAGACAAGGAUUUGAAUAUCCAUUCGAAGAUCUAAUUACCUACUACGAUGGGCAAUUAGUAGAGGCUGAAUUUGUUAAUAUAAUUAAUGAUGCGAAGACAAGAUAUGACAUGUUCAAAUGUCGACUGGCUGGUGCAGCAUCAACCCAGGCUAGUUGGAUACUUUUACUAUUGGUAUUGGUGUUAUUUUAUUCAACGUACCGUAGAUAAUUAAGGUUUCAAAGGCAGCGUUUUAUAUUUCACGUAAAAGAUGAUGUUAAAUUAGAUCUGAAUACCGUCCAUGGAGAUAUUGAGAAGACACAUUUCAUUAUUAAAGUGUAAAAGAUACUGUUAUUAGAAACGUAGAAUAAUUUUUUAAGUGGAAUCUUUGGAAUCCUUCAGCUAGGAAUUGCUCGCACUGAAAUAAUGAGACUUACUCAUUCCGUCCGUAGUCUUUUUGAAAUCUUUAAGACUAUACUUAUUUUUAAAAGUUUUUUUUAUAAUCAAACCUCCUGCAAAAUGGAGAUAACAAAUUUUUUUAAAUAUAUGUAAUACAUUCGUAAUAUUCUUAUAUAUAUUAAGACAAACUCAUCUUCUAUCUCUGAAGAUUUGAACUGUUUUCAAUUUGAAAAGAAUCAUCAAUUUUAUAGUUUAUUCAUUUUAAUACUGUCGCUUUUGCGCAACGAUCUUUGCUAAUGCAAUGAUCGAAAUAGCUUUGUAUGUUUUAUAUAAAAAUAAUAAAAUCCAAUUGGAGACAA